AAGGCAGUGGAGGAGGAGGAGGAGGAGAGCCAGUGAAGAGAAUUGCCGUCUCUACUCUCAAUUACUUUGGCGGGAGGAGUGAAGAGGAGAGGAGGAAGCCAAACAACAACAACAACAAUAGCAACAGCAACAAUAGCAGCAGCAAGUCUAACAAUAACCACAACAACAACAACAACAACAACAACAACAACAAUAUUCUCAGGCAGGUGAAAGAGGAAGAGGAGGAGGACGAGGAGGAUGAGUUGCUUGUGGCUGUGAAAGAGAGAGAAAACAGAAUGACCAAGAGAGACGCAAACGAAGAGAGGAGAAUACGGGCGAAGAGGACAAAGAGGAGGAAAAGAGAGACCAACCACAAUCACCACCACCACCAUCGAGGACACACCGAGAACAGACUCCCUCCUCAGGUACCUUUAGCAAUCCGUCCUCGCGAGACACCCCUUCGGCAGCUUCCAAGGGCGUGCGAGGCCAACGCGAGGACGCAAAUGUCGAGAACACGCCGCCAGGACUCGUUCACUCUCGAGGACGCCAGCGAGAAGAGCCCAAGCAAGAAGGAGAACUGCCAGACUCCUUCAGCGCCUUCAGGAAAGAUGGAGGUGGUGGCCAAUGGGAGGCGCUGCAGUGGCGGGAGGAAAGCUGAGGUCCUGGGAAGACCCUACACGUUCGAGGACAUGGUGGCGGAGGGUGAAAGAAAACGGGAAGGGUAUUGCGGUCAGAAGAUGGACGGGGCUAAGAAAUGCAUGGAGGCAAGGAGUGGUGCUGCUGAGAAACACAUGCAGGGAAGUGACGCCCGCACCCGCACCCACACCCACACCCAUCCAAAGCGUCGUGUCCUUCCGCCUCUCCCGCCUCUCCGUCCCCUUGCGCCAGACGGGAAGGUGGACGCUGGGAUGGAGGCGAAGGGCAGCAAGACCCGGAGACCUGAGGAAGGGAAGGCGGUGUGGCGGCAGAGGGACGUGAGCGCCAAAAGAGGGAAGGAGACGUUACGCGAGACUGACUUAGCGAGUGAGAGUGUGCGAGUGAAAGUUGAACCCAAGGAAGAUGAAGGUGAGAGCGUGAAACUAAUGGACGCUACACAUCAUCCCGUCAUUUUCAGCGGAGGCGUGGGUGUGGUGACUGGGCAAGGUGGCGUCACGACCACGUCCCUCCCCACCAGCACCACCGCCCUCGCCUCCUCCGCCCACAACACUGCACCGUACACCAUCCGCCUCAACCUCGCCGGCCUGCAGCAUGUCAAGCCCACCAUUGUCAUCAUCAGCACCGGUAAAGCGGGUGACAAGGGCGGGACGGAAAAGGGCGUGAGUCCUCAGACGCCCACUGACGAGGCUGCCACGCCCGCCACCGCGCCCGUCAGCCCGCCCACGGACGCCCUCACGCCCACGCCCGAUGCCACGAUGGGCGAGGAGGGAGACUUUCUCAACGGCGCCAGUGUGUCGUGUUCGGUGUGUCAUAAGAAAUUUGCCAACAUCCAUCGCCUGCAAAGACACAUGAUUUCCCACCAGGAGUCCGAUGUUCUGCGGAGGUUCAAAUGCGAUGAAUGUGGCAAGGCAUUUAAGUUCAAGCAUCAUCUCAAGGAGCACAAGCGGAUCCACAGCGGGGAGAAACCGUUUGAGUGUGAGCACUGCGGGAAGAGGUUCUCCCACUCCGGCUCCUAUUCCUCCCACAUGUCCUCCAAAAGUCUUGGCCGCGGCCGCACCAACGGACUGCUGCCGCGCUCGUCGCCGCAGUUCCCCGCGCACGGUACCAAGCGGCCCAUCCUCAAUGGCGCGUACCUGCCCAUCCUACCCAAGGACAAAUCGCCCCCCUCGUCAGCCGAGCUCGGCUACUCGUCUCCCACACCGCCCAUCUCGCGGGAUCCCAUCCUCAUGUCACCGCCUAACACCGCCGCCAGCUUGGGCAGCGGCACCUUCCCCCCGGCCCUGCACCACAGCUUCGCUCCCUACCACCCGCUGAGUCACCUGAUCCUGGCGGCUCAGCUCCACCCACACCUGCUCUCCUUCACCUCGCUGAGCCACUCGCUGAAGGCGCAGCAGGAGGCGCGCGGCGACAAAGACCACAGCGAGGAUGCGCCUCAGGAAGACGUGGACGAUGAUGACGGGAAGCUUGUCAUUAAAGAGGAGACGCGGGAAGACGAGGAUGAGGAGAAGGACCAUCACCUCCAUCGUCACUCCCGCGAGGAGGAGGAUGAGGCCCGGCGGGAUGAGCGCGAGGCCUCAGAGGGUGCGGAGAGCGAGCAAAUGUCCACGCUGCAGAAGAUCUUGGAGAACGUGAGCACCAGUGUGACGAGGCGCCAGUUCGAGGAAACUGUGUCUGCCGCACAAGGCCCCGGCCUGUCCUCGGCCGCCAUCAGUGACGAUCACUCCUGCAAACUGUGCGGCAGAAGCUUCAGCAGUCAGCGGGAGGCGUACCUCCACGUGUGUCGCCAUUGCCCGAGGUUACCGGAGAUGUCCGACGCCUCGGAGCGAUACAAGGGCCAGCUCAUCGAGGGCCUCGCUGAGCGGCUGCAUGAACUGGCCAGGAAUCAGAAUCCCACCCACCAGCACCCGAGCCUACUGACGCAGUACUUGGCGCGGCCCCGCGGCGUAGAUGAUUACCGGGAGGCGGACUCGAGUCACAUCGUGGAGGGCGAGGAGACCACGUGUGACGGCAAGAAGGUUCGCGUUCGAUCGCACAUCGGCGAGGAGCAGUUAGCGAUAUUGCGAGCGCGCUACGCCUUCAACCCGAAGCCCAAGAAGGAGGAGCUGCAGGCCAUCGCUGAGAAGAUUAACUUCCCCGUGCGAGUGGUGCAGGUCUGGUUCCAGAAUGCCCGCGCUCGGGACCGCCGCGAGGGUCGCUCCAUCACGCCCACCCCCUCGCCCUACCCGCAGAUCGGCUACCCGCCUCACGGCUACCCCGCCCCGGGUCCUGCCGGCGGCUAUCCCUCACCCGGGUACACGCCACCAGCCUCGCAGGUGCCCGGCAAGCCCCACAGCCUCCGCCCCUACCCGUCCCUGCUGUCGGGCCCCAGCCUAUUCUACCCGCUGCAGCACCCGCUCUCCCCAGCGCCUGCCGACGGCGCCGACGACCACGCCAACGACCAGCCCCUCGACCUGUCCACUAAAAAGUCGUCCCCGUCCGCGUCGCCUAAGCCAGCCUCCGUCUAUUCCGACUCCGACGCCGACUCCACUUCGCUGGCCAUCUCGUACAAGUCCGAGUCCCGCACUCCCACGCCCACCCCGACGCCCACACCCACCGCCCUCAACAACAACAUCGCGGAGACCAAGGAAAUCAGCGGGGGCGCCCUGGCGGUGGCCGACCUGCCGUCCAUGAUCUCCGAUCAGUGCAAACUCGCGCAGAUUCUCCACGGAGCCAAGUUUGGGCCGCUGUACCCCGACCACGCGGAGCACGGCGAGAAGAGACCCAGGGAUGAUGACAGCGGGGACGAGAGUCGAAAGCGGCGGCGUGACGAGGAGGGAGGUGUGUUUCAGUGCGACCAGUGUGACAAGUCGUUCAACAAACAGUCGUCACUAGCGCGCCACAAAUAUGAACACUCAGGCCAACGUCCAUUCAGGUGUGAUCUCUGCUCCAAGGCUUUCAAGCAUAAGCACCACCUAGUAGAGCACAGUCGCCUGCACACCGGGGAGAAGCCCUACCAGUGCCACAAGUGUCUCAAGCGGUUCUCUCACUCGGGGUCGUACUCGCAACACAUGAACCACCGCUACUCUUACUGCAAGCCUUACCACCCGGACGGGCCCGCACCGCCCCCCCCGCUCUCCGAGUCUUCCACGCCCGUCCCCUCGCCCUCUGACAGUGGCGUGGGCGUGGUCACCACCGGCGGGGGCAGUGGUGAAGGCGGAGUUUCCGUUAUCGUCACCGCUACGGCCGCCACCACCACCACCGCCGCCGCAGACACCCUCCCCUCGGCGCCUCCCACCGCCCGGCCCAUCCCCUCACCCCCAGCGGAGGAGGAGGAGCGUCCAGGCACCACCACCUCCACCACCACCACCACCGCAACCACCUCUUCCUCCACCUCUUCUUCGUCCUCCUCGUCGUCGUCGUCGCCGCCAGUGCCACCCGCCCCUCAGGAGAGCCCCGAGCCCGUGCCCGUCAAGGAGGAGGUGCUGCUGUGAGGGACCAACUCAAGGCAACACUCACUACAAAACAGAAAACGUAAUCAACAACGAACACUGAAAGGAUGAGUUCCUCUCCUCAGAUACACGAAAUCAAAAUAUAUUAGAUAUAUUAUAUAUACUAAAUAUAUAAAUAUAUAUAUACUUGAACGUACACAUACAGUGACUUGCAACGAAAAUGCCUAUGAUCAAAACCAAAAGACUUUGUGUGAGCUAAAGACACAAGUUUCCAAUCUUCACUGUAUCUGGUACUUGACAUAUUGUGAAAGGAAAAGGAGCGUGCAUGCUUGGUGUGUGCAAUAUGUCAGGUGAUGUGCUACUUACAUUGCUAGGUUAACCUGGACAUACUAUGCAGUGUUUCUUUGUUAUUUAAAAAAGUGGAAUUACAGUUAUAUUUACUUUUGAAUAGGAUUAAUGUGAAUUCGCAUGUGCCAAACUUUUAAUCUCCACUUUUGGAAUCUAAAAGGAAGUUAAGGGGUGACCAUUCUCCUCUCGGGUCCCUCACCCCUCACCUCCAACUCACUGCUCUCUCUCUCUCUCUCUCUCUCUCUCUCUCUCUCUCUCUCUCUCUCUCUCUCUCUCUCUCUCUCUCUCUCUCUCUCUCUCUCUCUCUCUCUCUCUCUCUCUCUCUCUCUCUCAUUACCUGCUAAAGAGCCAUCUGCACAGCUGUAUCUCUCUCUCUCUCUCUCUCUCUCUCUCUCUCUCUCUCUCUCUCUCUCUCUCUCUCUCUCUCUCUCUCGGCCUCCCUUUUCCAGACUAUCAUUAUCUAUAUUGUAGUUCUGUAGUUAUGAUAGAUAGGCAUUGUAACCAAGGCGGGUUUUGGGCCUAGACACCCUGGCCAGUACCUGUCCAAUACUCAUGUUUUGUGCCCAGGUGUGUGCUGUGUGGAGGUGCAGUGUUGCCAUAGGAAGAAUAUGUCAUUAAUAUUUUUCUGUUUUGAGAUGGAGAAAAUACUCACUCAGCCCUUGCUCUUUAUUUUUAUGUGUGCGAUCUUCAAUAAGCAUAAGAGGAAGCUCACUGUUUUUAUUGUGUUGGGUCAAUUUCCAAGGGUCUGUCAAGCGUUGUUUUAUUAUUAUUAUUAUUGUUAUUA